AUGAAAUCACUCUUGAUUCGUAUCGGCCAACUCGUUCUAGCGGCGAUCCAGAUCAAGGGCAGUGUAUUUUCAAGUAUGACAGACCUUAAGCUUAUCCUACAAGUCUAUUUUAUCGGCGGUAUUACUUUCAUUCCGCUAUUGUUGGUGCUAUCCAUUUCGGCGUUCAUCAUACUUGCCCCGAGAGCGAGUAAAGACCAAGCCAAGGAAAAGCCUAAAGUUUUAAAGCAGCCACUACAAGAUUCUAAAGUCACCAAGUCUGGCUGGUUGCAUUUAAAGCGUGACUUUGAACUAGAUCCGACACUAUCUGUAGACGAAUCCUAUGCCUCAAUGAUUAUUGCGGGGUACAAAUCUCUAGUAGAGAACAAAGAUGUACAGCACCGCCCUAAACCAAAAGCAAGAUACAUCUUCUGGGCAGUUCUCAAAUCUCGCACUUUAUACAUAUAUACCGAUGACAGUUGUGAUGAGAUUGUCGUCGCACUAAAUUUGGAUUCCAUCGAUGUCAGCAUUUAUCCACCUGGAUUGCUUGAUGCGGAGUUGUUCACUAAGCGCACUGCCAUCAAGCUACAAAUAGAUUCUAGUCACGGCGUUUCGAAUGACUAUAUGGACAAGGAGAAUAAUAAGGAUAAGGACAAGGAUAGCAGUAAUAGUGAGAUUGAUGAUACUUUGGACGUCACAAACAAAUCCAAGCCUUACUUCAUCCAUGCCUUGAAUCUCGUUGAUUUCGAAGACUGGUACCAUGAGUUUAUACAGGCUUCAGAUCCAGCGAGCAAUCCAUACUCGGAACCGUACCCCUCAUUUAUCAUCGACGAUAUGAAAAGAUUGGUUAGUAAUAUCGAUAACGAUCCAGAUCCAAUUCCCACCCGUUGGUUGAACGCCUUAUUGGGCAGAUAUUUCUUUGGUAUUUAUCGUACGCAAUGGAUAGAGGAUUGGAUUAUCGGUCGUAUCAUGAAAAAGCUGAAGGUGGUCAAAAGACCAAAGUUUUUGUCAAAUAUUACGGUCACCGAAGCUAAUUUGGGUGAUAUGCCACCGAAAUUCUCCAAACCGGUACUGAAGGAGUUGACUAAAGAGGGCGAUGCUUCAGUUGAAGUACAUGUGUCAUUCAAAGGCUGUGUUAAGAUUACACUGACCGCUACAGCUUCAAUCAACUUAGGUAAUAGGCUAAAGUCAUACUCUGUCGAUCUGGUUCUAGCUGUGGUAUUAAGAAGUUUGGAAGGAAACAUGAUUAUAAAGAUGAAGAAGCCUCCAUCGAAUAGAAUUUGGUAUGGCUUUACGACUAUGCCAGAAAUGGAAUUAGAUGUCGAACCUGUCGUUGAAGAUAGAAAGGUCAAAUGGAAUAUGGUGCUAUCUACAAUAAAGGACAAAUUAAGAGAGAUGAUACAAGAAGGUUUGGUGAUGCCAGCAAUGGAUGAUAUCGCAUUUUUCGAUACAAGCAAUGAGAUACACAGGGGUGGUAUCUUCUCUGAAGCGACUAGAAGAGAAGGCACGAAAUUUCCGCAAAAUCGACCAGAAUCAAUCAAGCAACGUGAUCAAGAAAUACUGGAACACAGUGAUAAGAAAGAAUCAAUUGCACCUACAUCACUUGAUGGAACAGAUUUGCCUUCAGGACUGCCCGGUAUAGACUUGACGACGUAUGAAAAAGAUGAGAGCGACGCUAAUAAUAGAGAUGGGAACGUACUUGAUUCGCAAACAUCUUUAGCACCAGCACCAGCAUCAGCGUUGGCGUCGUCAUCGGCUUCUGUUGGGAGCACAUCAUCCAAGACCAAGUCAUGGUUCAGUGAGAAGUUUAAUAAAGAUAGCUGGCUAGAGCAUUUGAAGAGCCACAAUACAAAUCAUCAAAACUCUUCGCUAGCUGACGGAUCUGCUUCAUUGGUCGGUAAGCAUUUGAAGAAGAAAGAGAGUGGUGAUGUCAGUGUUACCCACAGUGAAGCAGCUGUGUCUCCAAUGAAAAGCGAAGAGGAUGAGGAGACUGGCGAAAAGCUUUCGGUGAAAAGCGACAAUAACGCAGCUAUACCAAUAUCAUCUUCAUCUUCAAGUUCAAUUUCAGUGUCAUCAAAGGGGAGUACGUAUACAAACACACCAUCAUCUGCAAUAGAAGCGCUGAAAUCAUCACCUAAACUGAAUCACGCUAAAGAUGCAUUGAAGAAAAUAAGUAAGAAAAAAAAGAGUCAUGGUAGUGAAGGGUCGUUGAAGAAGAAGGCGAAGGAUCAGAAGGCAAAGGGAAAAGAUAAUGAGGUACCUUUAAUGAAACCAGCGGAGAAAUUGAAUGAAAGAAUGCAUAUAUCACGCAGUCAACCAACAGUUGAGUUGAAUCUGUCUAAUGAAACGAAUGAUAAUGAAAUUAAUGAGAGUAGAAGAAGAUCAUCAGUAACGACACCACCGAAAGCUUCACCAAUGAUGUCAAUACCUGGUAUACCAAGUGAACGGAAAGGACAGAGUAGCUCAUCGCGUUCGAUAGAUUCACCAUCGGGAUCGCUUGAUAAAGUAGUUUCAGAGUCGAAUGAUCGUAGACAAGGGACUCACAGAAUGACAUCAAGCAUUAGUAGUAAUAAUUCAACGUAUGAGAAUGCAACUGCUAGUAUGUCUAGUUCACCUAACAGCAACAGGAGCAGUAGAUCAGAGCAGUUGUUGAGUAGAAUAAAAUCAAAAGAUAAAGCUAGCAGGAGUAAUGAUGAUGUUAACAAAGAGGAUUAUUAG